UACUUGAACGUUGUCAAUCAAGGGUUGUACUAUGAUUAUAGUUAUCUGUUUCUUGUUUAUCAUAUACUAUCCAGCAUAUGCAUCUAUGGACAAUGAGAACAUGGAAGUGAUACUGGUCGGGGUUUCAUCGGGCCAGGGCGUACCCAACUCGACGGGUACGCAAUCGAAGGUUUGUAGAACGAAAAAUGGAAGAAGUCAAUCCGUUCCAGAAUCCAGAUCCGUCGUUUCCUGCGCUAUUUUCUGGUCACUCGGAGGAAAUGGCUGUCUAUGAUUAUAAUUGGGCAGCAUUAAUUGGAUGCCCUUUCGUCUAGCUCCGUCAGGUAGGAUGAACGAUGG